AUGAAUUCAAAGAAUUCUCUUGUAGUUUUACUCGUGUUGUUUAGUGUUAGUCGAAUUCUUGCUAUGAGAACUAAUUUUCUUGAAGCUGUCAAGAAUAGUACUCUUCUUCAUCACAAGGAAACCAAUACGGUUUGGGAAUAUAUGGGAACAUAUGCCCAAACAGAAGAUACAGUUAAUUUUAUACUUGAAAUUCCUGUAUAUCAAUUUAUGUGUGAUGUUUUUCCUGUAUCAAUGGCAUUUGCUAUGCAAGCGUGUACACAAUAUCGAACUCGUAUUUUAGAUCAUAGUAGUGCACGUCGAUUGAACGAAUUAUUUGAUGCUCAUAUUGGGAUACGAGAAAAACGGCAAGUAGAGGAGAUUGUUUUAGGUGCUGCUGCAUUGUAUGGUGGAUAUAAGAUUGUUGGUGAUUUGUUUGGAGGAAAUAACGAUGAAAUAGUUCAUCGAUUAGACGAAAGUGAAAACUUUCAAAAACAUCAAGAAAAAUUGAAUGAUGUAUUGGUUACAUCUAUUUUGUCGUUGGAAGAUAACAAUCUUGUGAUGUUGAAAAGUUUUCAAAGUUUGUUUGAUAGUGUUAAUGCAACACGGUUGUUGAUUCAUAGUUUGUUGAAGAUGUCAUUGCAAGAACAAAAAACUUUUACAGGUUGGGCAAAAUUCUCUUUGAAGAGUGAAAUGCGGAGACAUUAUGAACAAAUGAUAUCUUCAUUCACAAGAGUUGCCAAUCAUGAUUUAAAUCUUGAUAUGUUUUCACCAGAACAGAGAACAUUUAUUCAUGAUUUCUUAUGGAAUCGUAUUCGAUAUGAUCUACCGUUGAAUUUUUCAGCUUCAUUAGCACAAUUUGUACCAAAUUUUCUUGUACAACAGAUUAUUUCGUUUGCUAAAGUUAAUGAAAGUGAAAUAUUGUAUGAAUUGACGGAAGAUGAUUUUAAUUUUGUUGUUGAAACCGACGGGCAUAAUACAAUUGCUCGCAACGAAACGAUUGAUCUUGAUUCAAUACUUCCGAAAAUUGUUGGUCACGCUCGAAUUGAAAAUUUUUUUGGUAUUCCAACAAAUUUAUCAAAGAAAAAAAUGAAUCUUUAUAAAAUAACACGACUUCCGUUGUUUAUUGGCGACAAAAAGGCAGUAUUGACUGCAAAUCUUCCACAGUAUUUAUCGGUUGAUGAGAACGGUAGUUCUUCCGAAUGGGUCGAUCAUAGCCGUCGUAAAUGCACAAUUGACGAAAAAUCGAAGUAUACGUUUUGCUCCGUUCCUGUACCCAUAUUUAGUUCAAUUCAACAUCCUUGUCUUCGAUCGAUUGUGUUGAAUAUGUCAACGAAAGAUUGUUUAAAAGAAACAGUUGACUUAUCUCCACCACAUAUUAUCAAAUUCACACCGAACAUACAUGCAAUUAGUGUACAUACCUCGUUACAAUGCUUCGAAAAAGGUAAUAAAGAAAAUAAAAAUGUGUUUAGUAACAUUACCAAGGUGGCCAUUAUCAAAACACGUUGUAAUAGUUUUAUUUCUUGUGGUACAUUCGAUUUUUCAUCUGUUGGUGGUGUUUGCGAGGAGAUAGAGAGCUAUUUAUUUACUUUCAAUACAACAUAUGAAAAUUCAUUUAAACUUGAUAGAUCAGUAAAUUCGAUUGAUGUUGAAAUGAACAAUUUGAGUCCAAUGAUGGAUAUUUCAUCAUUAAUUGAUUCAGCUCUUUCACAUAAAAAACACUUGGAAGAUGCUCAAAACGAAUUCCAAUACAAUAUUCACCAUACAAUAAAGAGAAAAAAUUGGCCAAAAAUUUUCAUCGGAUUGUUUAUUUUCAUUUUGAUUGUAGCAGUUUAUAGUGUUGUUGUAGCGUCUAGAUCUUGUUUGAGAAAUUUUACUUGUUUGAUUAGUUACCAGAGCAUAAUCAAUUAUUUUACUCAUAUAUGCUUUAAAAAGAAAAAAAGUCAACUUGAUGACUCACCACUUCAUAUUUGUGUUGAUAAUGCGACGAUUGAACAAAAUGAUGCAUGUUAUGAUGUAUUAUGUCAAUGUACAAAAAACGUCAAUCAACUUCAGCCACUUUUGAAUAACGUUAUUUGCGGCAAUUUAAUUCAACAUCCGUUACCCUCGUCUUAUUCAACCAAAAUAUCUACAGAUGAUUCAAAAGUUGUUUUUGACUGUUCGCCACUGAAAACACGUAAUUUUGAAUCUAUUUACACAUCAAAUAUUUUCACUACUAAAACUAAUUGUAACAAACCAAAUCCUGUACCAAGAAAAAUAUAUUAUCAUACGCAAGAAUUUUCGGACUUGACACCAGAUCAUUCGAGUGUCACUUCAGGAGAAUUUGUUGAGGAAGAUUGUGAAGAUGAAAACUGA